AUGCAACUUUGUGGAGUAUUUCGUGCGGCUGUAUUGCCAAAAGGACAACAAGAUAUUGGAACCAAGUGGGUGUUCAAGAUCAAGCAAAAAUCGGACGCUUCAAUCGAGAAGUACAAGGGCACGACUUGUGGCCAAGGGCUUCAAGCAGAAGUACGGCAUCGCCUACACGGAGGCAUUCUCACCAGUGGUCAAGUAUGUGACGCUGCGCAUGGUGGUCGCGAUUACCAAGUACUUUGGCUGGCCUCUUGGCCAACUUGGGACGUGGUCACAGCUUUUCUCUAUGGUGUGACGAAAGAAACGGUGUACUGCGCGGUUCCAGAAGGCGUCGAAUUGGACGGAGACUUCAACUGCCUCAAGUUAGUGAAGACAAUCUACGGUCUCAAGCAAGCUUCUCGUUCUACGUGGACGAUGUGCUGGGGGAGGGGGGUGGUGACUGGGAGCUCGACGGAACUCAUUGCGUGUACCAAGAGCGACCUCAAGACGCGCUUCGAGAUGACCGACAGUGGCAAGUGUGCUUUUGUGUUGGGCAUAGAACUGGUCGAAAACGCUGACAAUAGCGUGACGAUGUGCCAGCGACGCUAUGUGGAUGACAUUCUGAAGCGCUUUGGGAUGGAAGACUGCAAGGCUGCAAUAAGCCCAGCUGAUGUGAGCACUCGACUGACUCGAAGCGAUGCAUUAACCAAGGUAAGCGCUCCAUUUCGAGAAGCUGUGGGGGCGCUCAUGCAUCUGACGACCGCAACACGCCCAGACAUAGCUUUUGCUGUGAGGUACGUAUCGCGUUUCAUGGAAAACCCCCAAGUCGAGCACUGGAUUGCAGUGAAGCGUAUUUUCCGCUAUCUGCAAGGGACCACGUCACAUGGAAUUUGUUUCAAGCCUGGUGAAGAAGUUGAUUUUCGUGGAUACUCCGAUGCGGACUGGGCUGGAGACCAUUCCGAACGCAAGUCAACUUCGGGAUAUGCGUUUCUGUAG